AUGCGUUCUACUAUCGUCCUCAUCGCUGCUGUUGCGCUCGCCGCACCCCUUGUUGCCGCGUACCCUACGCCCCCUGCCUCUAAUGGUGAGGCUUCUGCCCCCAGCAUGCAGCCGCAUGAAGGCCAGCACCGCGGUAACAGGCAUGGCGGCCCUAAGCACGAGGUUGCUGGUGCCGAGCGCGAGCGGCAGACCAACCGUCAACGUGAUCUUGGCGCCCUCGAGAACAUCUUUGCGCGUGCUUUACGGGAAGGUGACCGCGAGGAUCGCGAGCGGGAGGGCGACGACGAGCGCCGCCAGCAUCGCCUUGGCCAUGAGCGCGAACGCUUCCGUGGGGAUGAACACGAGCACUUCCGCGGGCACAAGCACGAGCACGGGCACGACCUUGGGCGCGAGCACGAGCGGUUCCGCGGUCAGGAGCACGGUCGCUUCCGUGGCCACGAGCAUGACCGCUUCCGGGAGCACGAGCACGAGCAUGAGCACGAGCAUGGUCUUCACCGCGCCCAUGGUCACGAGCAUGGCCGCUUCCGGCACCACGAAGGCUAUGGUCACAGACAUGGUGAAGACCACGGUCGCAAGUUCCGCGAGGGCUUCAAGCACCACGGUGAACAUGACCGUGAGCACGAAGAACGUCCUGCUCGUUUCCGUCACGAGGACCACUUCCGUGGCAAGCCCCAAGAAGCUGAUCGUGAGCGUCACGAGGACUCGAGGCGUCCGGAUGGUAUCGCGAGGCGGAGCAUUGGUGCUUGGGCGCGCUCGCUCCUUAAUGAGUUGGAUUGA